AUGUGGCGGCUGCCACUGGAGGAGAUCAAGUGGAUCCUUGCACAGCCGAACGAACCCGUCUGGGCUGAGAUCCGGGAGCUCAAGCGUGCCAACCCGUCGCUGCUGCCCACGCCGGAGGAGGAGAAGGAUGAGGCAAUGGUGCUGCUGUACGCAUGUGCCCGCGACUGCUAUGAGGACGAAGACAAGUUUGCGAGAUUCCAGGCCUGGGUCCGUAGCGAGUACGCCUCCAUGGGAUUUGUGGAGGUCGACUACGACUACUUCGGUGAGAGGGCCGAGGCGACGAGGCUAAGCAAGGAAGCGCCGGAGGAGGUGUUCGGAGACACCGACCUUUCUUCAUUGUUCUUCGAGGACGAUGAUGAGUUGAAGCUUCUCAAGAGGACAGUUAGGGGCUGGGUCUGA